AUGCCGCCGAACUCCAACUCAACCAAGCCGCCGAGGGAAAUUUUGUGCGUUGCCCCGCCUCUCUACCUCGCCACCCUCGUCCAGGAGCUCGCCAACGAGCAGGCCGACGGCUCGAUCCGAGCCGCCGCCGGCAUCGCCCUCAAAAACGCCUUCACCACGCGCGACUUUGCCCGCCACCAGGAGCUCCAGGCCAAGUGGCUGCAGCAGACCGACGAUGACACCAAGGCGCGCGUCAAGGAGCUGACGCUCCGCACGCUCUCGUCGUCGAGCGCCCAGGCCGGCAACGCCGCCGCCCAGGUCGUCUCCUCCAUCGCCGCCAUCGAGCUGCCGCGCAACCAGUGGUCCGACCUGCUGCCCUUCCUCGUCAAGAACGUCAGCGAGGGGGCCGACCACCAGAAGCAGGCCUCGCUCACCGCCAUCGGCUACAUCUGCGAGAGCCAGGACUCGGAGCUGCGCAUGGCCCUCGUCGCCCACUCCAACGCCAUCCUCACCGCCGUCGUCCAGGGCGCCCGCAAGGAGGAGGCCAACGGCGAGGUCCGCCUCGCCGCCGUCACGGCCCUCGGCGACUCGCUCGAGUUCGUCGGCAACAACUUCAAGCACGAGGGCGAGCGCAACUACAUCAUGCAGGUGGUCUGCGAGGCGACGCAGGCCGACGACUCGCGCAUCCAGCAGGGCGCCUUCGGCUGCCUCAACCGCAUCAUGGCCCUCUACUACGACAGCAUGCGCUACUACAUGGAGAAGGCCCUCUUCGGCCUCACCAUCCUCGGCAUGAAGUCGGACGACGAGGACGUGGCCAAGCUCGCCGUCGAGUUCUGGAGCACCGUCUGCGAGGAGGAGCUCUCCAUCGAGGACGACAACUCGCAGGUCGAGACGGCCGACCAGAUGCGGCCCUUCUUCAACUUUGCCCGCGUCGCCGCCAACGAGGUGGUGCCCGUCCUCCUCACCCUCCUCACCAAGCAGGACGAGGACGCGGCCGACGACGAGUACAACCUGUCGCGCGCCGCCUACCAGUGCCUCCAGCUCUACUCGCAGGCCGUCGGCGCGAGCAUCAUCGCGCCCGUCCUCAACUUCGUCGAGGCCAACCUGCGCCACGAGGACUGGCACAACCGCGACGCCGCCGUCUCGGCCUUUGGCGCCAUCAUGGAGGGGCCCGACGAGAAGGUGCUCGACCCCAUCGUCAAGCAGGCGCUGCCCAUCCUCAUCACCAUGAUGGACGACCCCUCGCUCCACGUCAUGGACUCGACCGCCUACGCCCUCGGCCGCGUCACCGAGGCCUGCUCCGACGCCAUCGACCCCGUCCAGCACCUGCCGACGCUCAUCCGCUCGCUCUUCAAGGGCCUCCUCGGCAACGCCAAGAUGGCGCCCUCGUGCUGCUGGGCCCUCAUGAACCUCGCCGAGCGCUUCGCCGGCGACCACGAGGCGGCCACGAACCCCAUCUCGCCCCACUUCAACCAGGCGGUGACGUCGCUGCUCGACGUCACGGGCCGGCCCGCCGUCGACACGCCCGUCCGCACCGCCGCCUACGAGGUGCUCAACGUCUUCGUCCAGAACGCCGCCGCCGACAGCCUGCCGGCCGUCGCCAGCCUCUCCGAGGUGACGCUCAAGCGCCUCGCCGACACGGUGCCGCUGCAGGCCCAGGUGGUCAGCAUCGAGGACCGCAUCGCCCUCGAGGAGAUGCAGAACAGCCUCUGCACCGUCCUGCAGGCCAUCAUCGUCCGCCUCGACAAGGAGAUUGCGCCCCAGGGCGACCGCAUCAUGCAGAUCCUGCUCGAGAUGCUCACCGUCGUCGGCGGCAAGUCGAGCGUGCCCGACGCCAUCUUCGCCACCAUCAGCGCCCUCUCGACCGCCAUGGAGGGCGACUUUAUCAAGUACAUGGACGCCUUCUCGCCCUUUCUCAACAACGCCCUCGGCAACCAGGACGAGCCGAGCCUCUGCUCGAUGGCUAUCGGCCUCGUCAGCGACAUCACCCGCUCCAUGGGCGAGCGCAGCCAGCCGUACUGCGACAACUUUAUGAACCACCUGCUCAACAACCUGAGGAGCACGACGCUCGCGAACCAGUUCAAGCCCGCCAUCCUGCAGUGCUUCGGCGACAUUGCCGGCGCCAUCGGCGGCCACUUUGAAAAGUACCUGUCCGUCGUCGCCCAGGUUCUCGAGCAGGCCUCGACCGUCUCGGCCACGCCCGAGGGCCCGUACGAGAUGUUUGACUACGUCGUCUCCCUCCGCGAGGGCAUCAUGGACGCGUGGGGAGGCAUCAUCGGCGCCAUGAAGGCCGAGAAGAGUGCGUCGGCGACCCGCUUCCCUCCCCUCCCCUCCCGUCUCGCCCUUCCCCACGGCCGGCCGUCGACUAACCUGCCUCGUUUUCGCCGCGCAGCCCAACUCCUCCAGCAAUACGUGCCGACCAUCUUCAACCUGCUGAGCAUCAUCUCCAACGACAUGAACCGCAGCGAGUCGCUCAUGCGCGGGGCCAUGGGUGUCAUCGGGUACGUGACGGAUGCCUGCCCUCCCGCCCUCGCCCGACGACGCCGGUCGGAGCUAACUCGUCGGUGCAGCGAUCUGGCCGAGGCCUACCCCAACGGCGAGCUCGUCGAGGCCUUCCGCCAGGAGUGGCUCACCGCCAUGAUCAAGGAGACCAAGACGAACCGCGAGUUCCAGCCUCGGACCAUCGAGACGGCCCGCUGGGCGCGCGAGCAGGUCAAGCGUCAGCUCGGCGGCGCCCAGGCCGUCAUGACCCAGACCUGA